CCUGCAUUAAAAUGUUGCAACAUGCAGUGGCGUACAUAUUAUUGCUCACUUUUCAACAGAGCUUAAUCAGCUCAACACCCACCGGUACAAAUUUACUACAGCUGCAGAGCAGUAACUUGAAUAGUAAUACUAAUAAUAAUAGCAACAUUAAUAUAAACUUAAGUCCAAGUAACAGUAAUAACGCCAUAAGCCUCAAUACUGGCAGCAUAAGUAAUAAUCUGCUACCAAACAAUGGCAAUCCCCCAACGAAUAUAACCAGUAUCAAUACCAGCAACAUUCCAGGCAGCACAAAUAGUAACAUUGAAUUAACGGGCACGGUAAACAAUGCGAAUGCAAAUAUUACAAAUAGCAACAUAGUAACAUUGCCAAAGGAGAAGUUGUAUGAUAAAUGCACCGGACCUGGUGAUCCGGGUCCAUGUAAGCAAUAUAUCUAUAAAUGGCGUUAUGAACCCUUAACGAAUGAAUGCACGACUUUCAUUUGGGGUGGCUGUGAGGGCAAUCCACAAAAUCGCUUCAACACGGAAGCAGAAUGUCUUUUUCAUUGCAUUGGCGCGCCACACACACUGCCACCAUUUUUGCAAACAACGACACGAGAGCCAAGUACAACUGAAUCGCCAGUGUUAGUGCCAGUAUAUACUGGUGCACCCACUUACCAUGGAGAUUCGGAUACAAGUCCAGUGCCGUUCGAACAACGUGGACCUGAACUGACGUUUGCUGAAACAGGUCAGGAAAAAACAUUCGUUUUUGCCAAAAAUAAUACUUUUAUCCAAAUGGAUGGCGACAUUAUACAAACAUUUCAAUUAAGACUUUGCCGUGAAAUUUCAUUUCAAUUUCGUACACGUCUACCGCACGGACUGCUUGUCUAUCAUAAUGUAAAAAAUCCAGAUCGAAUUGAUUUGGAUCCAUAUGCAUUGUAUGUUAUCGUUGAGAAAGGUCAACUAAAGGUGGUGCAUGUAUUUGGAAAACAUUCAACAAGUGUAACUGUAGGUGAAAGCUUAAACCGAGAUGAAUGGCAUAGUGUAAUGGUACGCAUUGAUGUCCAUGGUGCAAGAUUAAUUGCACGUGUCGACAAUAGUAAGGAGGAAGUCUAUUUACAGGGUUUAAAUCAUGACACAAACUAUGGUGUAUCAACUAAUCUGCCAUCUGUGGUAUUGGUGGGAGGACUGUCCUCUGAGGAAAAACUGCAUGGCGUCAAGUACAUAAUCGAAUCAUUUGUUGGUUGUAUACGCAAUGUUGUGCUCCGCUCGGGUAAAGCAGCAUCCGAUUUGCUGCCCAUAACACCACUGGUGGCCACAAAGCAUGAAAAUGUAAACGAGGGCUGUUCCGAUAAAUGUUAUUCAAGACAUAAUUUGUGUUUUGUUGGUUCAAGAUGUAUUAAUCACUACUCUGGCAUAUCGUGCGACUGUUUCGGUACACACUAUGAGGGCGAGCACUGCGAUAUUUACACUGCAACAAUCAUGACUUUACGUGGCGCAAGUUAUGUUUCCUAUAGGAUUUACGAUUGGAAGGAUCGCGUACACUCGUCCACAACGCGCAUCAGCCUUAUGUUUCGCACACAAUUUGAUGAUUCGGCACUGUUCUAUGCCAGUGGUGAGUCUCUGAAGCAUCAAUUUAUUGCCGCCUCAAUUAAAAAUCAAUCGAUUUAUGUGGAAAUGGAUUUUGGCGAUAACGUUUUGUCUACCGUACUAACUGACGAACUGACACGUAGUUAUUGGCACAAUUUAACCAUUUACCAUGAACAUCGAACAGUGCGCAUCAUACUCGACCAGCAAAUGAAAAUACUCGAAAUACCAGCAACGUCAAGUGCAAAUUUACUUUUCGAUCCGGAAAUUUAUUUUGGCGGUGGUCCAGAUCUGAAUAAAAAGAAAGGACUAGCUUCGCAUAACAAUUUUGUUGGAAGCCUAAAAUACGUUUACUACAAUGAUGUGUCCAUAUUGUAUGAACUGCAACGGGGCAAUCCGAAAGUUCACUAUCAUGGUGUACUUGAAGCGGAAUUUCAGGAGAAUGAGGUGCAUGUCAUACCCAUAACAUAUCCUUUUGCGACAUCUCACAUUUGGUGGCCCAUAAAUCACGCCGAAGAAUUUAAUAUUAAAUUCGAUUUCCGCAGUAGUCGCACAGCGGCUGUGUUGGCUUAUAGCGAUGUGACAACAUCGGCCGGAAAUGGUUUCUGGGAGAUACGCCUAACUUCCGAUAAGUUGAGUUUUGAUUUGAUACCUGACGUUACGAACAACGUAACACAUGCAACUGUCAUCAAAAUUAGUCGGGCAACCUCCUGGCAUUCGGUUGAGCUAGACUACAAGGCGGGAGAAAUUAAAUUCACUGUUGAUUACCAUCACACGCUAAGUCAAAUGUUCGGACUCACCUUUAAUAUUGGCGAUAAGGUAAUUAUCGGCAGCAGUUUAAAAUCAGCUGCGUCUGGUUUAGUGGGUUGCAUACGUGAUAUUGAAAUCAAUGGACACCUAAUUGAACCACGUCAAAUUAUGAAAACAGAACGUGUGGUCGGUGAAGUCGCUCUAGAUAACUGCAAUUAUAUUGAUCCAUGCAAACGACCGAAUACCUGUGAGCAUGGUGGAACUUGUCACGUUAAAGAUGAUCGUGUUACUUGCGACUGUCAAGGUAUUGGUUAUGUGGGUAAAAACUGUCACUUCACUGAACACCGCAAAACGUGUGAGGAAUUGGCUUUGUUGGGGUAUACUAAGUCCGAUGUUUACCUAAUUGAUAUCGAUGGCAAUGGUGUCUAUCCACCUGUGCAUGUCAAGUGCGAUUUUCAAAGUUUGGAAAAUGCUACAAAAACAAUCGUCGAACACAAUUUACCAAGUCAGGUUGAUGUACGUUCAACGCUUGAUAGUGAUUUUAGUUUUAAUAUUCGUUAUCGUGAAUUCCCACCAGAAAUGUUACAGGAAUUAAUAUCGCACUCACUGUAUUGCACACAGUAUAUUAAGUAUGACUGUUAUAAGGCACAGUUGGAAUUACAUUCGGCUACCUGGUUUACUUCAUCCUUUAAAAAUCACACUGUUGAUUUUCUAGGGAACGUUAAAAGAGGUGCUUGUCCCUGCUCCGUCAACAAAACAUGUGUGGACCCAAAUCAAUCAUGCAACUGUGAUGUAAAGGAAAAUAAAUGGCACUCAGACGAAGGAUACUACACAGAACCACAUAGUUUAGGCAUAACAAAUAUGUUUUUCCUGCAACAAAAAGAUUUGGAUGAGGAAGCACAGGGACGCAUAACAUUAGGACCAUUAGAGUGUGUCGAAACAAAUACACAAAAAUAUGUCGUGACUUUUACCACCUCACAGUCUUACAUCGAAGUGCCCGGUUGGCGUAAAGGCGAUAUUGCGUUUUCGUUCCGUACAACAGGUGAAAAAGCCAUAUUGCUUUUUCAACCGCCUAUUCGACCAUAUUAUCCUUCAUUUAUGGUCGCACUUACCGGUGACUAUCAGUUGACAUUCAACUUUACACUAAGCACUGGCACUACACGUGAAUUGGUGAUAAACUCACGUCGCAAGUUAAACGGUGGUGAAUGGCAUAAAAUAUGGAUUGAUUACAAUGAGUAUCAUGUACGUUUCAUGAUAAAUACAGACUCUCAAAUGGUUGACCUACUGCCAGAGGAGGAGUUCGGCCCAUUUGAAGGUAGCAUGUAUAUUGGCGGCGCAACAGCUGACCUUUUGAAAAAGCUUUCGGUUAAAGCCGGUCUGAUAGGUUGCUUCCGCGGCCUGGUUGUCAAUGGUGAAAUACUUGACAUUUACACAUAUAUGUCGGUGCAUCUAUCCGAAAUAAUUAAAGACUGCAAGCCAUCCUGUGUGCCGUCACCAUGCAAGAAUGGCGGAGAGUGCAAAGAACUGUGGAGCACUUUUCAAUGUGUCUGCAAUAAUCCUUGGGCUCAUAUUGGUGAAUUUUGCGAGACAAACAUCAACGAAAAGGCGCUCACAUUCAUCAAUCGCGAAUCUUACUUAAUGCGAAACUAUUUAAGCGCAACUGCCACACCCAGCAUUGUGCCAGGCAUCGAUGGGGAGCGGGAAAUACUCAAAGGCAUUUUAACACAAGAUAUACUCAUUAAUUUGCGCACUUACGACACAAAUGCACUGGUUCUGUAUGCCAAUGAUCACUACAACAACUUCGUACAUUUGUAUAUCACCGAAGGACGUGAAAUUGUCUUCCUUUACAAUUACGGUGACGAGAUUGUGAAUCUGACAAUUGUGGAUGAAACAGUCAGCAGUCUGAAAAGCAUACAAGUAGCAAUAAUACGCGAAGAGCAAGUGACACGAAUGCAUGUAAAUGACCAAAAUGUGAGCAUUGAACGUGGCACGUUGUUACUGGAUGAAUACGCCAAUAAGCCGUGGAAUAAUCCGGAAAAGGAAGUACUGUCACCACAUCGUCCACCCGCACCACCCACUGAAUAUUUCCAGUUCAAUAUUGGCGGAUAUGAUCCGGCAAAUUUAUUGCGUACUAAUACGGAUGCGCCUGCAUUAGACGGUUAUAUUGGAUGCGUGCGUGGCCUGAAAAUUGGUACAAAUCUGAUCGACUUGGCUGAUGUCAAUGAAAGGAACAUAGCACCCACACUCGAUGGCGUACUACCCGAUUGUCAAAUUAAAUGCGACGCAGAACCAUGCAAGAAUGGCGGCAUUUGUAAGGAAAAUUUUGCCAAACAGGAAUCCACAUGCGAUUGUGAGCAUACUAGCUUCCUUGGUGAGUUUUGUAUGGAGGAAAAAGGUGCCGAUUUUAGUGGUGAAUCGACAAUGCAAAGGAAAUUUGAGUUAUUUGGUAAAGUUGACUAUGUGCGACUGCAAUUGGCGUUCUCCUCAUUCGAUUUGAGACGUGCCAAUCGCGUAAUGUUACUACUACAGACCGCAGCAGAUCGUAGUUACUAUCUCAUGGUAGCCAUAACAGCAGAUAAUUAUCUGUUAUUCGAGGAAGACCGCGAAGGACCAGCAGUGGGUGCACGUAUAGAUCGUAAUUUUCUUAAUAAUGCACGCCACUCCAUAUAUUACUUACGCAACGGUACGGAGGCCACAUUGUAUAUUGACCGCGAACAGGUGCCAUUAAGUGCAAUAAGUGCACGUACAUUGACGCCGACAAGUGACUCGAGUGCAAAUCGAGUGCAAAUUGGUGGCAUCAAUACAACAGAUUCGAGAUUCGCUGUGUUCAAAAGUUACAGUGGCUGUUUAUCCAACAUUUAUAUACAAGUGAAUAAUCAUAUCAUGAAACCGCUGGAGGAGUACAUGCUAUUCACCAAAUCAGGUGCUGACAACAUAACAGUAAUUAAUCCACAAGGCGUACGAAGUGCACAAUGUACUGCUAAAUUUGAUAUAUUAGAACAGCCCCUACAGGAACCAAUGGUCAACAUAAGUCUGAGCGCCGAGACUUGGGUAGCGGAACCACCGCAACGCGUGCCCUACGUGGCGAAAUACAUUUACGAUGUGUCCAAAAAGGAAGAUUCAACGCAGGUCGUCUUCAUCACCUUAACAGCCAUGUUCGUCAUCAUUGUAAUUUGCUGUUUGGUGGAGGUCUAUCGCAGUCAUUUGGCGUAUAAAGCACGCAAAGAGCGCGAAACGGACGAGGAUAUUAUAUUAUCAAAGGAACAGGCAACUAAGAUGCAUAUUUCGCCCGGUGUGACUGGUGUACAACCGUACACAUACAAAGCGCUGCCACAAGAUGAGAAAAAGCCUGGCAAUGGUGCACCUUUAGUGGGAAUAUUAAAGAAUGGCAGCACAGUUACAAAAGAAAAUUUGACGAAGAAAAAUGGUGAUUUAGCAUUGGGCCAUAUUGAUACACGUAUUGAAGAAGUUGAUGAGGACGAAGAUGAACACCAUGCUGAUGAUGAUGAUGAUACUUUCAGUUCUGUAAGGAGCGAUAAUGAAUGUGCACAAGAAAACAAAAGUGAUAAUAAUGUUAAUAAAGAUAGCCAAAUCGAUAAAGAAAAUAGUCUUAAUAAAAUUAAAAAUAUAGCCAAAGAUAACGAAGUGAAUACCAUUAAUAGCAAUAGCAAUGGUAUCCAUACAAACGAGAAUAGUGGGAAAAUGGCAUUACAAUUAACUGGGGUAAGCGAAAAUGCCUUAAAUUCUAAUAAGGUUUUGAAUGAAAAUUCUUUGACAAAAGUCGAAGCCGAAAUCCAUGCGACAAGUGAAACAGAUGUCCCAACUGAGGCAGAAACUGUUGAUGUCAGCUCGAAUCCUGCAAAUAGUGCAGCGCCGUUAAAAAGGCAGCAAAGCAUAAAAGUGGAGCGUAAGCCAUCGGUGAAACGUCAAGUAUCGUGGGGACCGCCGACAAUAGCGGAAGCAGAUGCAGAUACAAUUAAACUAACAAAACCGAUUAAACAAAAUGGCUAUUGCAGUACUGGUAACCGUACAACAACAACAUAAAAUUAAUUAUUAAAGAAAAAUCAAAAAAUUUUAAUUAAAAAUUUAGUCCUUACAUGAGAAUGUAUUAAAUUUCGUUACUUUUCUAAUUUUUUUUAUUUUUGCUUUAAUUUUUA